CUCCACUUUGCACCCCGCACUCCCUGUCCUUGGGUUCUGGCCAGGCUGCCCGGUGCGACCCGCGUGGUCCCGUCGGGGGUGCGCGAGGCACGGGGCGGGGGCAGCGCCCCAUCCACCUCCAGGAAGUCCCGCAGGAGGAGGCGGGGCUCAGUGCCACCGCGCGGCGGGGACUGCGCCCGCCGGUGCCCCGCUGAGGACUCGGGCGCUCCCUGCCCGAUGGCCGCCCGCGGUCCAGACCCGGAGUCGGAGCCCGAGUCGGUGUUCCCUCGGGAGCUCGGCCUCUUCGCCGACUCCUACACCGAGAGGAGCCGCUUCUGCUUCUGCGGGCACGCGCUGAGCAUCACGCAGAACUUCGGGUCGCGCCUCGGGGUAGCUGCGCGCGUGUGGGACGCGGCUCUGAGCCUGUGCAAAUAUUUCGAGAAGCAAAAUGUUGAUUUCCGAGGCAAGAAGGUUAUCGAACUGGGCGCGGGGACGGGCAUCGUGGGCAUCUUGGCGGCGCUGCAGGGGGGGGAUGUUACCAUCACUGACCUGCCCCUGGCUCUAGAACAGAUUAAGGACAACGUCCAGGCUAAUGUGCCACCUGGAGGCCGGGCGCAGGUCCGGGCCUUGUCCUGGGGGAUCGACCAGCAUGUCUUCCCUGGAGACUAUGACCUGGUGCUGGGGGCUGAUAUCGUGUACCUGGAGCCCACCUUCCCUCUGCUGCUGGGGACCCUCCAGCACCUGUGCGGGCCCCGUGGCACCAUCUAUCUGGCGGCCAAGAUGAGACAGGAGCACGGCACAGAGAGCUUCUUCCAGCACCUCCUGCCCCAGCAUUUCCAACUGGAGCUGGCCCAGCGGGAUGAGGAUGAGAACGUCAACAUCUACAGGGCCAGGCACAGGAAGCCAAAGUCUGCAUGACAUCACCCCUUCUGGGACUCUCAGCCCCCUGUCCUGGUGGAGGAAAUGCAGACUCUCCAAAGCCACACACACACGCACCAAGAAGGAUGGAUGCUUCUAGGCUCCUCCCCUCUCUGUCCCCCUCAACCCCUGGGGGCCCUGGCAGCUCUGGGGUUCCGGCACAAGGCGGGCUCCCAGCUCCCGUUCUCAGAGGAGGACGACGGGAGGGUAGCCAGGACUUUUAGGGGCAAGGAAGACAUGGGAUGUGAGAGCAGUGACUGCAAAGACUGUCACAGGGCACUUCCUGUCUGUUGACACACAGUGGACUUUUUUUUUUUAUUUUUGCUAAAAUCUAUGGGAUCUUUUUAAAAAAGGAAAAUAAAUGAGCAUUAAGGAUUUCUUCCAUGCCCAAAGGACUGAGCCUUCGCCAAAGGGCUGAGAAGGAAGAAGCCCCAGGCCACCCAGUUCUUGCUCCGAGAGACGAGUGUGGCAGCACCGCAUCUCCUUGGGUCGAGUCCUCCCAUCCCUGACGCUGGAAUCAGACAGCGGAGGUGUCCCCCGGACAGUCCUGCCUCAUUCUUUCCAGAGGUGGAGCCCGGAUCCCAGAACAUCACGCAGCGCAGAAGAAAGCUCGUGCUGCGUGUCGACCUCUCUUUAGGUUUACGAGCCCCGCCCGUCUUCCCUCCCUGACGUGCUGUGCUUUGCCCUCCUUCCUCUUCCCGCUGGGGCCCCUCGGCUGGGGCUCCCCCUGCUUACCGCUUAGGCACGUAGUCACCUCUGUGACACUCUCUCCUCCGACCCAUCCUGUAAACUCUUGUCUCCCAGCAUCAGCCCCGCCUAGCUUCCACUGCCUGCUGAGGCAGGGGCAAGCUCUUGCUUGGUGCUAUUCAGCCAGUCCCUUUGUGACCCCACAUUGCUUUUCAUCUUCUGAUGACCCCUUGUGGGCGAUUGCUGCCACUCGGAAAUCUUCAUCCUCCUUUGCCUCUUUGCUUAAAACAGCUUGCCAAGUCUGCUGCUUGACGCGAUCUCUUUCUCCCUGGGACCCUGUCACUGUGCAUCUUCGGGGGCCUUACCCUGUCUUGGACGCGUGUUUGUCUGAGGCUGAUUUUCUCGCCACCAGCGUACCUCUGAGGGUAGGGCUGUGGCUCAUUCAUCUCGAAUCCCCCCUUGCUGUGGUUUGGAUAUGAUUUGCUCCUAAACUCAUGCAGGAUUUUAAGCCCCAGAGUCUAAGUUACUGGUACCCAGAGGGUGCAAGCCUAAUCUGGUUACGGUGUUUAGAGGUGGGGGCCUCGUGGGAGGUCCUUCUCAUGAGAGCGUGGUUGUAAGAGCUUGAGUUUGCCCCCCCCCCCCCGCCCUACCAUAUGAUACUUCCUCCAUCACAGCCAGAGCCUGCGCCUGCAUCGUGCCAUUGGAAACUUCAGCCUCCCAGGCUGAGCUAAAUAACCCCUUUUCUUUCCUAAGUCGAUUAUCUCUGGCAUUUUGUUAUAGUCCCCAAAAGCUGCCUAACACACCCCUGAAGCCAGCCCGGUUCCUGACACACAGAUUUCCAGCAGAUAUUUUGUUCCUUUAGCGGAUACAUACUGGGUUUGUUGAAGGGACCCCACCCCAUCUCGGAGACCACCAGCCUGAGCAAAUUCCUGAACCCACCCAGCUACCUCAAAAGUUUGUCACGAAUCACAAAUGGACAACAAACAGGAAAAUGUAUUGGCAAUAAAGAAAUAGUCAAGUGUUA